CGCGCGCUACGGGCCGCAUCCUCUCCGGUGUCCGGUCUGGCUUCCCGUUUGCGUUUCUCCGCGGCCGCGAGGCUCCAGUGUGUGUGUAGCAGCAGCAACAACGACCCACCCAGUGGCACGCAGGCGCACUAGCCCUCUCCGUGUCAAACAUGGCUGAGUGUCGGGACUGGGGAGAAUGCUGAUCGCUGUCAACCGGGAGAUUCCCCGUCGCCACCAAGAGCAGAGAGAAUGGCGCGACUGGCAGACUAUUUUAUCGUCGCGGGCUACGACCAGGAGAAAUCCGGUUCAGGAGAGGGCUGUGGGAAGAUCCUUCAGCGGUUUCCAAAGACAGACUGGGAUGGAACGGCCUUCCCCCAAGGAGUGGAGAUGUUCUGUCAGCCUAGCGGCUGGCGUCUGAGUCGUGAGAGGAAGACUCCCUCCUUCUUCACCGCCGUGCUGACCGACAUCGACUCCCAUCGACACUACUGCUCCUGUCUGACCUUCCACGAGGCACACACACACUCACAGGGCUCCAAGUCUGUGUCGGGAGAUGAGGAUGAGGAUGAGGAUGAAGAGGAGGAUGAUGAUGGUGAUGGUCUGGUGCAGCCGGCGCAACUCUUCGCACCCAAGAGCCUCAUACUGGUGUCACGCCUAGACCACCUGGAGAUCUUCAGGGGCUGCCUGGGUCUGAUCUACACGGUGUAUGUGGACUCUCUGGCGCCCCCUCUGGAGGGCCUGGUGACCAGCCUGCUCGCCUGCCAAGUCCCCAUCACCGGGGGGGCUCAGAAGCUUCUGUCUCUAGGUGCAGGAGAUCGUCAGCUGGUCCAGACUCCUCUGAAUGACAGCCUGCCCAUCACCGGCAAGAGUGUAGCGCUACUAUUCCAACAACUAGGCAUCCAGAACGUUCUCAGCCUGUUUUGUGCGGUUCUAACGGAGCAUAAGGUUCUGUUCCACUCCUGCAGCUACCAGAGACUCACAGAGGCGUCGCGGGCACUGGAGGCACUGAUGUUCCCCCUACGAUACAGCUACCCCUAUAUCCCCAUCCUCCCCUCUCGUCUGCUGGAGGUUCUCAGCUCUCCGACUCCCUUCAUCAUCGGAGUCCACUCAGCAUUCCAGACACACAUCCAGGAACUGCUGGAUGUGAUCAUAGCAGACCUGGACGGCGGGACCAUCAAGAUUCCGGAGUGUAUCCAUCUGUCUCAGCUGCCGGAACCCCUGCUGCAGAACACACACACCGCACUCUCCUCGGUUCUGCAUCCAGAUCUCCUUAUAGCUGAUAAUGCCUUCCCUCCUCCUCGCACUGCAGCAUCCAACCUCAAACAGCUGGAUAAGGAGCUGAGGGCGGUGUUCCUGCGUCUGUUCUCUCAGCUCUUCCAGGGAUACAGAUCAUGUCUACAGCUGAUUCGAAUACACCCCGAACCUGUCAUACACUUCCACAAGACGGCCUUCCUGUCGCAGCGCGGUCUAAUCGAGGGGGACUUCCUCUCCAAGGUGCUGGAUGGCAUGGCCUUCGCCGGCCUCGUCUCCGAGAGGGGACCGCCCUACCGCACCACCGACCUCUUCGACCAGCUGGUUGCGUCUGAGGUGGAGCGUUCUCAUCAGGAGGAGGAGAAUCCAGCGCUCAUCACCAAACACACACGAGAACUCUCAGAACUACUCUACAAGAACGAGAACCCCAAUCCCCACAUGGUGUUCCAGAAGCUUCCGCGUCCUAGCGAGGGCUCCCACCUGCGCGUGCACCUGCUCCCGUUUCCAUGGUUACAGGAGGAGAGGGUGGAGACCGCGCUCGCAGAGGCCGUCGCUAAGCAACACGCGGCCACGCCCUCUUCUCGACCGGACAGGAAGUGUGUGGUGCCAGCAGGACCGCCAGUGGUGCCCAUCAGUGGAAGAGGCGGGUCGGUCUUCAACAGCGCCAGGAGACUAGAGGUGGUGAGAGGAUGCAUCAGCUCCAUUUUCAACAAGCAGACACUGGACACACACAAGAGUCUGCCUGCUGCGCUGCGUGCGUUAAAGGGUCGUGCGGCUCGUCAGUGUUUGACGGAGGAGUUGAGUCUUCACGUGCAGCAGAACCGAGCUCUACUGGACCACACGCAGUUCGACCACGUCAUACGCCUCAUCAACUGUGCCCUGCAGGACUGCUCCAGCUCUGAAGAAUUCACAGUCGCCUCCAGCCUGCUACCCCUGACCACCGCCUUCUACAGGCGGUUAGCGGCGGGCGUGAACCAGUUUGCGUACACGUGCGUCCAGGAGCAUCCGGUGUGGACCAACUCAACAUUCUGGGAGAACACCUUCUACAGCGCAGUACAGGACCAAAUACGAUCCCUAUACACCACACAGGACUCUGAAGGGGGCGGUGCUUCUGAGCGCUCAGCGAUGGACCUGGGGGCGGAGCGACUGCGCUUGUGGGCGGGACUAGAACGUGAGGGACAGCUGGAGCUCAUCCAAUCAGAGGAGUCCACAGUCUUCAGCCAGGCUAUCCACUUCGCCUCCCUGAUGGUCUACAUGGUGAUCCCGCUGGACUCCUCGCGGAGCAAGCUGCUCCGCAACACACACACACACUCACACUCUCACACACACAACGACUGGGAGAGCGGCAGCAACAGCAUCCUCACCAACAGCAUUGCGGGCAGUGUGGCCGAGAGCUUCGAUACGGAGAGCGGGUUCGAGGAGGCGGAGUCUGAUGUGGCCAAUCACGCGUCCCGAUUCAUCUCACGCUUCAUCGAUAAAGUCUGUACGGAGAGCGCCGUCACACACACACACAUCAAGAGCCUGCACAGCAUGAUACCAGGUAUUGUUGCCAUGCAGAUGGAGACUCUGGAGGUCGUUCACAGAGAGAGCAGACGACUACCACCCAUCCAGAAGCCUAAGAUCCUGCGUCCUCCGCUGCUUCCUGGAGAGGAGUGUGUGUGUGAGGGUCUCCGCGUCCUAUUGGAUGUUGACGGCCGCGAGGAUUCCGUGGGCGGGGCCUUGGGUGGGCCACACCUCCUUCCUGCAGAGGGGGCGGUCUUCCUGACCAGCUACAGAGUCAUCUUUAAAGGAACACCUCACGACCCCCUAGUAGGUGAGCAGGUGAUAGUGCGAGCGUUCCCUCUCUCCGCUCUGACGAAAGAGAAGAAGAUUUCGCUGCAGAAUACACUACACCAAGCCACACAGGAGGGGCUACAGCUAAGAUCAGCUACAUGCCAGCUGAUCAAAGUGGCGUUUGAUGAGGAAGUGACAUCAGAGGAAGUGGAGACGUUCCGGAAGCACCUGCAGAGACUCCGUUACCCACAAUCCCUCUGGAACACCUACGCCUUCGCCGCCGGGCAGAGCGUGCCCAGUAGCACGCCCAAACACAAGGAGAAGAACACUGGACUACGGACUCUGUCUAAGACGUUGCGUCGCGCUGGAAAGAUCACGAUGGGAAGACAAACACUCCGCAGGCAUCGCAUGACCUGGCACGAGGACGAUGACAUAUCAGUGUCUGAUGAGGGCGAGCCUGUGUGCUCUACUUUGAAGGCCAGUGAGAAGUCGACUCUGGAACAGCUGGUGGAACGCGCCUGUUUCCGUGACUACCAGCGUUUGGGCCUCGGGACCAUGACGACCAGCAGCUCGCAACGUUCUAAAGGGGCGGAGCCACUGCGUAUCACCGCCGCCAACCGCCUCUACUCACUCACCCGCAGCUAUCCAGGUCUCCUGGUGGUUCCUCAGUGUGUUCAGGACAGCAGUCUUCAGAAGGUGGCGCGAUGUUACCGCCACAACCGGUUUCCCGUGGCAACCUGGCGUCACCCGCGUUCCAAAGCCCUGCUGCUGAGAUCGGCGGCCACGCACAGCAAGAGUGUAGUCGGCCUCUUCAAAUCCCAAAACACACACGGAUCAGUGCCGGUGUCUGACUCUGGUGGUGUGGAACAAGAGAAGUAUCUUCAGUCGCUGCUCUCCUGCAUCCCCAGCAAGCCGCACAGCACACACACACUCUCCAACCGCUCCCUCAUAGGCCUGUCACCAGCUACUGAGAGGAGAUCGUCGCGUCUGUCCAAGAUGAGUCUGGAACUUCCAUUCAGCAGCAGCUUCAGCAGAGGAGGUGUGUGGGCCAGCCUGCGCUCCAGUGGUCGUGGUUCUGAUCUGGGUCGUCUGUCGGUGAAGGACACCACGGCGCCCCCUGUUGGAGUGGACACGCUACAGCAGCUCAGCAAGCAGCAGGCAUCACUCUACAUAUUCGGAGAGAAGGCCCAUCUCAGGGGCGUGAAGCUGGACGCAUGUGUGAACUGUGAGCUGGUGACGGUGGAGUUGCCAGAUGUGCGGCAGGUGCGCGGCUCCUUUAAGAAGCUCCUGAGGGCGUGCACGCCCAGCGCUACGGCAACCCAGGGGGAACAAACCUUCCUCAAGGCCCUGGAGGACUCCGAGUGGAUCACACACGUCCACAAGCUUCUGCAGUUGUCGGUGGUGAUGGUGGAGCUGCUGGAGGGAGGAGCGUCUGUUCUCAUCAGUCUGGAGGACGGCUGGGAUGCCACCACACAGUUGUCCAGCCUGGUCCAGUUGCUAGGUGACCCGUGGUACCGGACGCUAGAGGGCUUCCAGGUGCUGGUGGAGAAGGAGUGGCUCUCGUUCGGGCACCCCUUCAGCCAACGCAGCGCGCUCACACACACCUCACACACACACGCACACACACCGCUCUUCCUGCAGUUCCUCGACUGUGUGCACCAGGUGCAGUCCCAGUUCCCUGUGCAGUUUGAGUUUAAUCAGUACUAUCUGCAGUUCCUGGCCUACCACCACCUCUCCAACCGCUUCACUGACUUCCAACUCGACUCCGAAUACGAACGCAUGGAGCACGGUCUGCUGAUGGAGGGGGAUAAGCAGGUGCGUAGAGGGAUGUGUGUGUGGGACUGGAUCAACAGAGCGCACCAGAGGAGCCCCCUCUUCCACAACUACCUCUACAACCCCAAUAACACAGAGGGUGUGUUGCGGCCGAGUGUGUGUGUGUCCUCCAUGCGUGUGUGGGACUACUACACCUCCGAGACGCUGGCCACUGGCCCCGCCUACGACUGGCAGGUCCUGGCCAAUCAGCAGACAGGGGAGGCGGGGACUAUCGGCUCCCCAGCCAAUGAGAAGGCAGAGGAGGCGGGCACUAUGGGCUCCAGCAAGCGCUCCAUCGUCUGGCCCUGUUACACACACGUCACACACACACAACCAGACGCCCUCACGAAGCUACUGGCCGAUAUUGAGCGUCUGGAGGGCCAGUUGGGUCACGUUGUGGAUCGCUGGUCAGUUCUGCUGGAGAGGGCGCGACUCAGCGUCCAGGACGACCUCAAGCAGGAGAGCAGCCUAAGGAGGCGUUCCGUAUAUGGUUCCGGCCUCCUGCCCUCCUCCGGCCUCCAGCUGCAUCGCCAUUCGCUGCUGCACUUGACUGACAGCUCUGUUGCCGAUGACAACGGCACCGCCCCCAACGGAAUGAGCCGCCGAGCAGCAACACUCUACAACACAUUCAGCCCUCGCAACGAGGACAACAGGUCAUUUGAAGGCGUGCUGUUCAAGAGAGGAGCUCUGUUGAAGGGAUGGAAGCCUCGCUGGUUCGUUCUGGACAUCACCAAACACCAGCUAAGGUAUUAUGAUUCGGGUGAGGAUAUCCACUGUAAGGGCCAUAUUGAGCUGGCUGAAGUGGAGUCGGUUCUGGUUGCCGUGCCAACCAUAGGGGCCCCCAAACACAUCAGUGAGAAGGCCUUCUUUGACUUGAAGACCUCCAGACGAGUGUAUAACUUCUGUGCAGCCGACGCCCCCAGUGCUCAGCAGUGGAUCGACAAAAUACAGAGUUGCAUCUCCGACGCCUAACACACACACACACACAUUAUACACACACACACACACACACACACACACACACAUACACACACACUAUGCAAUUCGUACCAACACAAACACACACA